AUGUAUCCCAGCCAAUGCGAUAUCAUAACACUCUUACAAACGAAAAGGAGUAGUACAGAAGAGAUAUACAAAAGACUUAAGGAUGUAAAAACGGGGAGAGGGGCGGGUUCAGAACGACGCCACAUUAAGUGGUACAAAUGGCGAGUUCAAGUGCAAUUUAUGAGUGAAGAGAAGCACCCACGACCGCGGCAGUUGGCACAAAAGCAGCCGUUAGAUACGGAGGAAAACCGCCACGGCGUCGGUCACCACCUGAAUUCUCUCAUGCCCUUUUCCUUCCUUGCGUCCCUCAAAUCCUCCCUAAAUCAACGCCUCUCGGAAUCCUCGAUGGUUCAUGUGAUGAAUGCGGUUCAAGCGAGAUAA